CGUCGUUUAUAAAUUUUAUCUUUUAUUUUCUUCCAAAAAUAUUCCUUUUUUUAAUCUAUAUUAAUUAAAAACAAUGCGAUAUUUUCUAAAUAUAAUUGUUAGUCUUUUAAAUAGACCUGAAAAGGUCACACUGCCAACAUUACCGCCUGAAAUAAUGCAACAAAUACUUAAAUAUGUACAAGAAACUAGUUCUUUGCAUUCAUCGCUUUUAGUGAAUAGAUAUUGGUGUCAGAAUGUUGUCCCACUUUUAUGGAAUAAUCCAUUUAAACAACUUCCGAAACGAAACAGUCAUAGGUUAAUUCGUACAUACUUAUUAUGUCUGAACAAAGAAGAAAAUUUUUUACUGGACUUUAAUUUAAAACCAUAUUUAAACGUAAUGAAUCUUAUUCCAAGAAGAACUCUUUUCGAAUAUCCAUUCUUUUUAAAUGAAAUCUCAUUUAAAGAUUUAGAAAGAGUUGUUUCUUCGACGGUACUUAAAUGGUGUGAUAGGGAAACAAAACAAGAGCAUAAACCAAUUAUGGCACAAAUCGUUAUUUCGAUAUUAUUUCAAUUAUUUACUAGAAUGUCAACAAAUUUAAGAAGUAUCAUUUUAAAUAAUGAUUUUGAUACUCCUGAAUUGGUUGCAUUUACAAAUUUUAAUAUAUUAUUAUCACAAUUAAGAAUACUUAAAGUUUUAUUUACACCUUUAUCACAAAACAUUAUUCAACUUUUAGAUAUUAUUUCAUCAAAUUGCAAGGAUCUUCGUUGUUUAGAUUUUAGAUUAAGUCCCUUGAAUUACACCCCUGAACUCAUUCAAUUAAUUUCAACGAUAAUUAAAUCUCAAAAUUAUAUUAAUGAAUUUACGAUCGCAAAUAUAUCAAAUGGUUCAGAUCCUAUCUUUUCUUCUUUACAUUCUCAUAAAAAAUCCUUAAAAUCUUUAAAAAUUAUUCACGCUCAACUUACUGAACCUUCCAUUAACAUCAUAAAUCAAUUUAAUAAAUUACAUACACUUUGUUUAUGUUUUUGUGGAGGUUUAUCAAUUUCUAUUAUGAAAUGUAAUUUUCCUCUCUUAAGGAAUUUACAUUUAUCUUAUUUAUAUUAUCCUUCUGAUAUUACUACAAAAAUAAUUGAAAAAUAUGGUAAAUCCUUAAACCAAAUUGGCUUUAAUUUCACAGAUUUUGAAGUUAUUACUAGUAAUAAUAAUAAGAUUUUAUCUUUAUGCCCCAAUAUUACUGAAUUAUCUGUAUCAUUUUAUGCAAAACAAGCUACUCUUGAUCAUGAUUUUGUUGGUACUGAAAUGGUAAAAUGGCAUCAAAAAAUAGAUGAAUUAUAUACUUUAAGAAAAUUGAAUAUAUUUAGUCUUGAUAAUUCUAAGGAAUCUUAUUAUUAUUAGUAAUAUUUCAUUUGGGAUUGUACUUUUUUUUUUUUUUGUAUAUUAGAGUAUAUAUAUAAGGUUAG